UCCGCUCGGGCCACUGGUUUGUGCUGUUGGAACCAUGGCGCCUGUCUGCCUGUUUGCGCCGCUGCUGCUGUUGCUCCUGGGAGGUUUCCCCGUCGCCCCAGGCGAGUCGAUUCGAGAGACUGAGGUCAUAGACCCCCAGGACCUCCUGGAAGGCAGAUACUUCUCUGGAGCUCUGCCGGAUGAUGAAGACGCUGGGGGCCUUGAGCAGGACUCUGACUUUGAGCUGUCGGGUUCCGGAGAUCUAGAUGACACGGAGGAGCCCAGGACCUUCCCUGAGGUGAUUUCACCCUUGGUGCCACUAGAUAACCACAUCCCCGAGAAUGCCCAGCCUGGCAUCCGUGUCCCCUCAGAGCCCAAGGAACUGGAAGAGAAUGAGGUCAUUCCCAAAAGGGUCCCCUCCGGCGUGGGGGACGACGACGUGUCCAACAAAGUGUCCAUGUCCAGCACUUCCCAGGGCAGCAACAUUUUUGAAAGAACUGAGGUCUUGGCAGCUCUGAUUGUGGGCGGCGUAGUGGGCAUCCUCUUCGCCGUUUUCCUGAUCCUGCUGCUGGUGUACCGCAUGAAGAAGAAGGAUGAAGGCAGUUAUGACUUGGGCAAGAAACCCAUCUACAAAAAAGCCCCCACCAACGAGUUCUACGCAUGAAGCUUCUUCCCAUGAGUGCUGCUUGGACUUCAUGGGGAGAGGAGUCGAGGAUUAUGGACGGUGGACAUUGGCAGAGAGAGGGCACCUUAAUACUGACUUGUAUCUACAUCUCUGGUCACCUUUCUGGUGUCAGAAGAGAUACGAUCUUCUACUGUGCUGCCUCA